AUGUCGAGCGACUCGCCCGCGGCUUCACGCGCAGGCGCGCCCUCGACGCCCCUCUCGCCCAUCUCUCCAUCGAGCGCUAGACGCUUAUCCAAUCCGUUUACAAAGAAUCAGGACGAGGCUGAGGAGCGCAGAACUGCAGCUCGUGCUGCUGACCUGCGAGUCGAGGAGGAGGACGAAGAUGAUGAUGAAGGAGGCAUAUCUAGUCAUGGUCACGAUGGACUAGGAGCCAAAGCUGUCAGUUUGAUGCGCAAAAUGAGACAAGCGAGCAUCGCAUCUGUAGGAUCCAAGAGGUCCAGUACGCACGGUGCCAUCGAAGAGGAAUCGGACGAAGAGCUCGAGUUGCCUCCUCGACGCAAUCCCGAUGGGAGCAACUAUCGCUCGCCAGGUGUCAGCACGCCCGCCUCGCCAAACAACCAGGGGCUCACAUUUCGUCCCGAGGUGGAGCCUGCAGGAGGUAACAAGCACCUUCCUCAUGCGGGACCUCCAGUGGAUGACUUGCGUGGCAUGCCAGACCUCCGCAAGACCGUCUCUACAAGCGAAGCACCGUUUGCGCGAGGCACGACUAGAACGGGAGGCGUGAAUCGCACUUAUAGCAUGGUAAGUUGGGUGAGCUGCAUGUCCGAAGUCUAGCCCUGCCUCUCGAAGCUGAAGUUGCGCGACGCUCGCCUGCUCGAACAGGCUCAGCAAAAGCGAAGGCCCGUGAUGAUGAACGAUGACAGAGUCAUCAGACAGCGUCGGCUUAGCCAUGGUAGGUGGAUGGUGCUGGAGUCUACGGCUCACCGAUCGGCCCUGACUCGACUGCAUAAUAUCUCCUUUGCGCUCAGAUGCCGUAAGCCAGGAAGGCCAGAGGCGCUUCAUUGUGGAUGUCGAGGAAACGAUGCGUCUCGUGCUUGAACAAGAAGAUACGGAUGGCAAUUUCCAAGUAAGUAACGAGGGCGCGAUCGGUGCUGGCGCAUCAGCAGUCGCUGAUGCGGACCGGCGAUGCUGCAGAUCAGCAUAACAGACAGUGGCCCGAAGGUGCUCACGCUCGGCACAGCUACGUCAAACGGCUACAAGGGUGUUGACAUUCGUGGAGUAAGUGUCGCUUCCGACCGAGCACAGUACACGCACGAUGCACUGCUGACUAUAUCAGCUUCCUUAGACCUACAUGCUGUCCAACCUGCUGCAGGAGCUGGCCCUGGCGCGAGAGCAUGGCAGGAAACGCAUCGUGCUGGACGAGUCGCGCCUGACCGAGAAUGCAGUGGAUCGUCUGAGCCGCAUGAUCAGCCAAACCUUUUGGCACAAUCUGACUCGACGCAUCGAUGGAGAUGGACUGGAACGUAUCCUCUCGGACCCCAAAAACCGUAGCGCAAGCCGCAACCCUCGCAUCUACGUGCCAGCUGCGGAGACGGAGAUGAUAGAUUACUAUCGCACCCUGGCACGGGAGCGGCCCAAUCUCGGACUCGAAGUGCAAGUGCUGCCGAAGAACAUCACUUCGGAGUACACGCGCAGCCUGAAUGAGAGCCCCGGCUUGCUGGCACUGGCCAUGCGCAAGGAAACGAAUGAGCGGGGAAAAGAGGAGCUGCGAGGUAUACCCUUCAUUGUGCCAGGCGCUCGUUUUAAUGAGCUGUACAAUUGGGAUUCGGUACGUUUCGCGUGUGGCCAUACGAAAGCGCUGAGCCAUUAGCUAAUCCCAGCCCAUCUCGCAGUAUUUCAUCUCGCUCGGCCUGGUCGUCGAUGGUUGGGUCGACAUGACACGAGGCAUCAUUGAGCACUUCAUGUUCAACAUUCGUCACUACGGCAAGGUGCUCAACGGGAAUAGGAGCUACUACUUGAUGCGGUCUCAGCCGCCCUUCCUUACCGACAUGGCUCUGCAGGUCUACAGCAGACUCAAUCCCGAUGACGAUGCGGAAAACAAGGCGUGGCUCAAGAGGGCGAUGCAGUCGGCCAUCAAGGAGUACCACACCGUUUGGAUGAAGGAACCUCGCUAUGACCCCGUUACCGGCUUGAGUCGAUACCGACCAGAAGGUCUUGGUGUGCCGCCCGAGACGGAAGCUAGUCAUUUUACCCAUGUGCUGCGUCCAUACGCAGAAAAGUACGGCUGUAGUGUGAACGAGUGAGUUGCAAAAGAUGUCAUCCAAAUUGCUGAAGGGCACUAACGGCAAAAUGCUUUCAUCAGAUUCACCCACAAGUACAAUCACGGAGAAGUACACGAGCCAGCGCUUGAUGAGUACUUCAUGCACGACCGCGGAGUUCGCGAAAGCGGUCACGAUACAUCUUACCGCUUCGAGAAGCGUUGCGCCAGUCUUGCGACCAUUGACCUGAAUUCUCUAUUGUACAAGGUGAGUUCGCCGACCCAAGGCCAUGCUAACUUAAGGUGACGUUGAUCUCUAUUGCAGUACGAGGUGGACAUUGCCACUGCUAUUCGCGAGGUCUUUGACGACAAGCUCCAGCUCGAGGAUGACUUUACGCUCUGGGCACCGCUCCCACCCAAUUACGCCGACAAGCAGCCCGACGAGCCGUCGCACAGCCAUUCGGCGCCCCAGACCAGCGCAGAGUGGUUUGCACGCGCUGCAUACAGAAAGCAGCAGGUGGACAAGUACUUGUGGAACGAGGGAAAGAGUUUAUACUUUGACUACGACACCAGCACGCAGAGACAAGCCUUCUAUGAAAGUGUGACGAGUUUCUGGGCCAUGUGGGCAGGUAUGGCCAGCGAGGACCAAGCAGCCAAGAUGAUGAAGAAUUCAUUGCGCAAAUUUGAAGAAGUAGGAGGAUUGGUCCCUGGCACGGAAGACUCUCGAGGACCCAUCUCGCUGGACAGGCCCAACCGUCAAUGGGACUAUCCCUUCGCCUGGCCACCCCACCAAAUGCUAGCAUGGAUCGGUCUCGAGCGCUACAAUUACGUCGAGGACAGUCGCCGAUUGGCGUACCGCUGGCUCUACCUGCUCACCGUCUCCUUUGUCGAUUUCAAGAUGAUUCCGGAGAAGUUUGACGCCGUCAACCUCUCCCACCUUGUUGAAGCCGAAUAUGGCAAUCAGGGAACCCAGUGGGAGUACUGGCCAAAAGAGGGCUUUGGCUGGACCAAUGCUUCGUACCAAGUUGGCUUGACAUUCCUGACCAAGGCUCAACGCCGCGCCCUCUCGGUCUGCACGCACCCUCGUGAGCUCUUCCCUUAA